AUGAUCGAUCCAGAGCUCUUGCCGCCAAACUGGCCCAAGCAGGUCAAGUACUUGAUUGACUACGAAUACCAUCCUGCUAUCUCCCCCUCGGUCCUGGGUCUUGUUCAAGGACGACGGCGGAAAAAGAGCGAACAGCAUAAGGAUCCCGGAACCAUGAGUACUUUGACACAGUGGCCACAGGCUCACAGUGUUGAGGACGUGCAGGAAGUCUGCGAGAAGAACAAUGAUGACACGGACGAGGACGAGCCAGACAACGAGGACAGAUCAUGGGACGAAGCCGAGGAUGAGCCAAAUAACGAGGACGGAUCAAGGGACGAAGGCGAGGACGAGUACGACAAUCUACCUAUCGGACACGCCAUCUCAGGACUCCUUCGGUCUCGACUACAAUCCACAACCAAUGAUAAUAAUGACUCCAGUAUCGUACCUCUUCCACCAUACGAAAUCCGUCUCAUCGACUCUCCGCUUACCCACCCAGUUCUCGGAUCCUAUGGUCUUUUUGCAACCGAACCCCUCCGUCCCGGCCGCCAUCUCCUUGACUAUAUCUCUCUCAUUGUCCCUGACGAAUACGCCGAUCCGGAAUCAGAUCAUACACUCUAUCUUUGCAACGACCUCAACCUCGACGCAUCCGCCCAGGGGAAUCACGGACGCUUUGUGAACGACUUUCGGAGGAUCAGGACUCAACAGCAGGGUCCAAACGUCGCCUGGGAUCUAUACCGAGAUGCCGACACAGGAGAGGUUCGGAUGGGCUGCAAGGUGCUGAAGAGGAUCCAACCUGGAGAGGAGAUCUUGUGUACCUAUGGGAAGGCCUAUUGGAAGAGCCGUGGCAUUCCAGUCUCGGGAAACGAGUGGGAGGAUACUUGGGAUACGGAUCUGGAGGAUUGGAGUGAGAAUGAGGUCGAGCAAGAUAAGCAAGCGCAGCAGCCUAAAUAA